AGUGGAAGUGCUGGACUGCUGGCACCAUGGCACCCAAAAAGAAAGGGAAGAAGGGGAAAGCCAAAGGGACCGCGAUUGUUGAUGGCGUCGCACCAGAGGACAUGACCAAGGAGCAGGUGGAGGAACAUGUCGCCCGCAUCCGGGAGGAGCUGGACAGGGAGAGAGAGGAGCGUAACUACUUCCAGCUGGAGCGCGACAAGAUCCACACCUUCUGGGAGAUCACGCGGAGGCAGCUGGAGGAGAAGAAGGCUGAGCUGCGCAACAAAGACCGGGAGAUGGAGGAGGCCGAGGAGAGGCACCAGGUGGAGAUCAAGGUGGACAGGGGCACCCCUCCCCCGCUCUGCAGGUAUACAAGCAGAAGGUGAAGCACCUGCUGUACGAGCACCAGAACAACUUGGCUGAGGUGAAGGCUGAGGGCACCGUGGUCAUGAAGCUGGCCCAGAAGGAGCACCGCACCCAGGAGGGCGCUCUGCGCAAGGACAUGCGGGUGCUGAAGGUGGAGCUCAAGGAGCAGGAGCUGGCUAACGAGGUGGUCAUAAAGAACCUGUGCCUGAAACAAGCCGAGGAGAUCACCAAGAUGCGAAAUGACUUUGAAAGAAAUUGAGGCCAAGUAUGAUAAGAAGAUGAAGAUGCUUAGAGACGAACUUGACCUGCGGAGGAAGACUGAGAUCCAUGAGGUAGAGGAGAGGAAAAACGGCCAGAUCAGCACUCUGAUGCAGCGCCACGAGGAGGCCUUCACGGACAUCAAGAACUACUACAACGACAUCACUCUCAACAACCUGGCCCUCAUCAACUCCCUCAAGGAGCAGAUGGAGGACAUGCGUAAGAAGGAGGAACACAUGGAGAGGGAGAUGGCGGAGGUGACUCUGCAGAACCGGCGGCUGGCCGACCCGCUGCAGAAAGCCAAGGACGAGAUGAACGAGAUGCAGAAGAGACUGGGGAACCACGAGAGGGACAAGCAGAUUCUGGUCUGUACAAAGGCACGUUUGAAGGUGGCUGAGAGGGAGCUAAAGGACCUGAAAUGGGAACAUGAGGUCCUGGAGCAGAGGUUCAUCAAGGUGCAGCAGGAGAGGGAAGAGCUCUAUCGGAAGUUUGCAGACGCCAUCCAGGAGGUGCAGCAGAAGACGGGCUUCAAGAACCUGCUGCUGGAGCGGAAGCUGCAGGCCCUGAACGCUGCUGUGGAGAAGAGAGAGGUUCAGUUCAAUGAGGUGCUGGCCGCCUCCAACCUGGACCCCACAGCAUUAACGCUUGUGUCCCGCAAACUUGAGGAUGUUCUAGAAUCGAAGAAUACCACCAUCAAGGACUUACAGUAUGAGCUGGCCCGGGUCUGCAAGGUGAGGCUAAUCCCCCCAUCCGCAGGGCUCCACCUUCUCCUCCCUCAGAGCUGUGCCCUGUGCCCAGCUUCACCUGAUGAACAUUACAGACAAAGGGUCCCCGGGAUCUUACUCAGGAGGUAGGUGUGGUAAUCCCCAUGUGAUGUGCACUCAUAGCCUUAUGGCCUGAGAGUGGCCUUGUCCAGGCUGUGCUGCUACACACGUGGGGCUCUGUCUCCUGUCUCUCUCUCCCUCCCCUAUCCCCUCAGGCAUAGGAAGAGCCUCUCUGGUCUUCCAGAUUAAAGCCCACUGCCUUCAGUGGGGGCAAUUCGGGCUCUCACCUUUUCUGAUACCUUUGUGAAUCUAAAAUAUCUCUAUACCCUUCUAUGCCGAUCAUGUGUAUCCGUAGACUCCUGCUGGACCCUGGCUGCCAUCUGUCCCAUGUACCUGAGAGAGGCCUGGGUUCUGCAUCCAGAUGCUUUUUUUGUUUGUUUGUUUGGUUUUUUGGGUUUUUUUUUGUUUUUCGAGACAGGGUUUCUCUGUGUAGCCCUGGCUGUCCUGGAACUCACUUUGUAGACCAGGCCCGAGUGCUGGGAUUAAAGGCGUGCGCCACCACGCCCAGCGCUUUUUUUUUUUUAAGGUUUAUUUAUUUAUUAUAUGUAAGUACACUGUAGGUGUCCUCAGAUACUCCAGAAGAGGGCAUCAGAUUUCGUUACGGAUGGUUGUGAGCCACCAUGUGGUUGCUGGGACCUUUGGAAGAGCAGUUGGCGCUCUGAACCACUGAGCCAUCUCGCCAGCCCCCAGAUGCUCUUAAGGGACUGCUCUGUCUUUUCCUUUGCCAAGGAUAGACCCACAGCAGCCACCACACAGGUCAUAUCCUUAGUCCUGUGGGGGCAGGCAUUGAAUUCCUGGUCAGUUGUUCGGGGCCUUGUCCCGACACUCGUGCUGUCCUGUCUGAUUUUUAACCCUAGAUAGAGGCAGGCAAUGUCUGUUCCCACGGCCCAGGCUCUGCACUGCACCAGCUGCCCUGGCUCCCCAGCCCUCCCUGUAGCCCAGGCUAGAGCUUUCUUUAUCAUACCCGCUCCUCAGCUGACACGCUCUGAGCAAAGUUAGGGUUGUCUGCUGGGUGUACAGCUCUUGGGGGCCAAGGUCUGAGCUGAGAGGGGUUAUGGUAGCCAGGGCCCAGCCUCCAAGACUCCCACUGUAGCUCAUCCUUACUUGCCCCUUGUCUCUGUUCUCAAGCCCUGCUUCUCUUCCCUGAACCACUGAGGAUAACGAACCCUUUUCUUCUUUUCUGGGUUGGUUGGUUGUUUUUGGGUCAGGGUUUCUCUGAGUAGCCCUGGCUGUCCUGGAACUCCCUCUGUAGGUAAGGCUGGCCUUGAACUCAAGAGAUCCACCUGCUUCUGCCUCCCAGGUGCUGAGAUCAAGGGCAUGCACCACCACCUCCUCCUGGCCCUUUUCUCUGAUUUUGUUUGAGACACACAGAUCCACUGCAUAGCCCUGGCUGGCUUGGAACUCACAGAUAGCUGUCCAUCUCUGUACUGGGAUUAAAGGUGUAAAGCUCUUGUGAACAUUUGGCUCCCAGCACUUGUCAUUGCACUCAGUUCUUAACACUGAUGAGCCUAGAGGCAGGAGGACCCCCUCUCAGACAGACAGACAGACAGAGCCCAAGUCCUCACCGCUCCCUGAUGAAAGUUUCCCAGUACAAAAUGUGCAGUAGGGGUUGGUGAAAUCAGUGGAGUUCGGUUCUCAGCAUCACAUGGGGAAGGCUCACAGAUGCCUGUGACUUCUGCACCAAGGAGUCAGACUUUGUCUUCUGGCCUUCUUGGGCAUCUGCACAUAUGCACGCCUUCUCAUACAUAUGUGUAGUAACCGUACCAAAUACUAGACAUACGGGGUGUGGUAGCAUGCCGCUUUAAUCCCACCACUCAAGAGACAAAGCAGGUGGAUCGUGGUAAAUUCUAGGCCAGCCUGGUGUAGUUCCAGGCCAUCAAGGAGAUCUGCAUAAAGAGGAAAAACAGCCAUUGUGCAAGGUGUCUGGUGUACACUUGUAAUCUUACUGCUCACCUGACUGAGACAGCAGACUUUUUUAAUUAAAAACUUUCUCAUACAAUAUAUUUUGAUCAUGUUUUUAACUUUCCUGCAACUCUUCCCAGAUCCCCCACCUCUGACCUAGCUGUAUGCUUGCUCUUUAUCUUUCUCUCUCUUUCUCUUUCUGUUUCUCUUAAAAACAAAACAAUACAAACAGGUUAAGAAGCUGAUAAGACAAAUCAACACCAAAGUAAGACUAAAUGCAACAGCAAGUCCACAAAACCAAAGAAGGAAUGCUUCCCGGUGGUCAACCUCUCCUGGGCACAGGACCAGCCCUGGGGAACGGUUCUGUCCCAGUGACACUGCACGGGGAAAACUGACUUUCCUUUGAAGCAGUGAGAUUUUGAGUGUGAGGCCAUUCUGGAGAAACAUCAAGUUCUAGCUAGCAUGAGCUACAUAAGUCGAACUAGCCUGGGGUAUAUAGUCUAGCUAGCCUAAGCUACAUAGUGGAGCCUUUUCCUAGAUAACAAUAAAACCAAAACACCAAAAACCAAAACAAAAUUAUCAAAGAACUCCCUCAAAGGAAGUCACAUCUUUUUUGGACCACCACCAUUUCAGGGUGCUCUGUCUCCUGCCCCCACCCCACACACUGUCUCUGCAGAGUCACUGGGGAGUUAGAGGGCGCUGUGCUCUAGGGGCAGGGAAGAGAUGUCAUUCUGCCUUGGUAGGGCAGAGGGAGACCCUUAGGAAGUAAUCGGUAAGGGGUCAGGCGUCCCCCAAGCUCCAGUUCUGCCACACCCCCACCCUCUAGUCUGUCUUUAUUGUGAGUGUGUGAAUUACUGACUUACUCCCCUUAUCACAGCCCUAGAUGGAACAACAGACCACUGACAAAUCCUCAUUACAGUUCUGUGUACCCACUCUACCCCCUCCAGCAAUAGUGCCCCUGUCUGGUGCACCACAGCCCCUCUGCUGCGCCACAGCAAGGUGGCAGCGGUUCCCAGGCCCUGGUGGAUGCCUGUUGCUGACACUGCUCUGUCCUUUCAGGCCCACAAUGACCUGCUGCGUACAUAUGAGGCGAAGUUACUGGCCUUCGGGAUCCCCCUGGACAAUGUGGGGUUCAAGCCCCUGGAGACAGCAGUGAUUGGACAGACACUGGGACAGGGCCCUGCAGGACUUGUGGGUGCCCCUACAUAGCCAUCUUCUCAGCCUUCAACCUUUACAGCCUUCCCCUCUGUCCAAGUAAUACCUCUAUGCCCAACACAGGCAAGGGUUUGUUUUCUAGACUUACCCGUCAGCAAUGAAAGUUUCCCACAUUUACUUUAUAUUC